AUGCAAGGUCGUUCGUUGAUUCAGCUUGUCGUUUUAGAUGUCACGCAGCACAAUGGACCUGAAAAUAGUCCAGAUCAACAUUUUGCCAACAAGCGCAUUACGAGAGAGAGAGAUACAUGGAAUCUAAAUUGGAUGAUUUUAUAUCCGUUGUUGGAUAUAAGAGGUGUUAUCACAACAGCUAUGUCAGCAACAGCAAGCAAAUCAAAAAAGAAGCAUUUGAUUCGAGACUAUCUAACUCAGCUGAACUCGAAACCCGAUUAUGGCAAUUCUUGGCGAAUUUACUAG